AUGCAUUUUGCAACGCUCUCUGUCACUGUUUUGGCUGCUAUCAUCUCUGCCUCUGCCUCUGCCGUAUCUGUCGAUGCUCGUGAUGGAAACGGCGGUGGCAACAAUGGGGGCAACGGAGGUGGGAACAAUGGGGGAUAUGGUGGGGGUAACAACAAUGGAGGAGGUGGUAACCGCGGAGGGUACGGUGGAGGAAAUGGAGUUGGUAACAACGGUGGCGGGUACGGUGGCGGCGGUGGUCCCAACGGCGGAAACGGCGGCUUCGGGAAUGGCAAUAAUGGUGGUCCAAACAAUGGUAACAAUGGUGGCGGUUAUGGUAAUGGUGGUGGUUUUGGCAAUGGCAAUACCUGGCCACGUACGUUUUCUCCCUCUCACAAUCAAAGUGUUUUGACUCACAUAUCUCUAUAUCAGAAUGCUCCUCAGAUAACUGCUUCAGAAACAACUACGAAUGUUCACCGUUUGAUUAUCGCUGCCUCUGUGCCAACAACCAAUGGAUCACAGAUACUAGGUCCUGCUUUGGACAGUACUGCUCCGGAGAUGAAUACCAGAACUCCUGGAACAGCGCUUCGAGAUAUUGCAGAGAAGCUGGUUAUCCCAACGCUUGGCAGUAAAGAAUUCUCCAUCUUCAAUUCAUCACCUUCCUUUAUGUAA